GUCACUUGCUCUUCAUUGUCAAUGUGCACACCUUUCUUUCAAUUGUGCAACAGCAGGGGCGCUGUAAAGGUUUGAGAAGAUCUUUGUGCUGGAUGAUGGUCGUUGGACUCCUUGGCGGUGGAAAUGCUCAGAUCUGCUGUACAUAUCUUAACUGUCAUGUACCUCAAGCGUAGAACCUUACGGAGCUGAGCUCCAAACUCAUGCUGACGUGCUGAUGAGUGGGAAGCUAGCUUGCGGUGCAUCAAAACAUGGAACUCCCGGGGUUUCUGAAAGGGCGUGGAGUGGUGUACGUGUUGGUGGUCACUCUUUCGCUACUCAUUUACAUAGGACUAACCGGACUCUAUGGUCUGGGUCCUCUCGCGCCCCUCGACGAUGAGGACGAGUGGACUGCCUACAGCAUUGAGAUCUCGGCGCUUCUGCCGACCGUCCAACAAACAGCUCGUCGCGCCACUCCCGAGGAACUGGUCGCCAGCGGCCAGGCGACUCUCCCCCAGCGCAGCGAACCCCAAAUCCGUGUCAACCCCAGCAGCUCUCAGCCGCAGUCUCGGGGCACUGACACCGGGGGCGCUCAGGAGGGGACCUCUGUCAAGCUGCAAAAGCGAUACAAGCUGUCAGUUGGGGGGAAGAGAGCGGAAGUAAAGAGGCGGCCGAGGGGGAAUCAUGCUGGGGCGGAAAUAGGGAGGGGGAAGGAGGAAGAACCGCAGAAGCCGCCCCCGGUGCAGGAGGAAGAUCCGCUGACGCCGUCGGACAGGAUGCUGUUGGAGAAAAACGGGGUCUGGGAGGGCAUCCGGUUGGGCGUCUCCAUCGGAUACGACCCCCCAGUGUGGCAAGGCGAGCCGCCAGAGUUCCCGGUGGUUUCACCCGGGCUUGACGACCCCCGCCAGUUCAUCUUUGAGUGCAACCGGAGCAAUCCCCGAAGCGACGUCUGCACUGUGCGAGGGAAUGUCCAGCUAUACGCCGACUCCAAGACCUUCCAAAUGUUUGCGACCGGGAAGAACCCCCCGACCGGCAUUCUCUCCGUCACGCCGUACGCGCGAAAGGCCAAAGGCGAGGUCGCGCCCGGCAGUACGACCACCCUGGAGCUGACGAGUUACGGCCUCAAAACUGAUGCUGACGUGGCACGUGAGCUGGCCAACUGCAACCGCAACGUGUCAGUACCGGGAGUCGUGUUCUCGAUCGGGGGAAAAGCGGACAACUACUAUUACGCUUUGGAAGACACGCUCGUUCCGCUGAUCCUGACAAGCUUCAAGUACGACCGCGAGGUGGUCUUCCUCCUGCUGGACUGGCACGAGUGGUGGCUAGAACACUUCCGGGGGGUGCUCAAAACGCUGUCAAAGUACCCCCCCAUUCUGAUUGGCGGCCCCGGGGUUGAAACCGAGCGCGACCAGGAGCACGCCCGGGUCAAGGACUGGGUUAGGAGUGGCUCAGCGAGCGUUGAGGGCGAAGAAGUUGGUCAUAUUGGGGUUGAGGAAGGGGUUAAGGGUGCGGAACACGGGGGUGACGAUCCGCGGGCGGUGUUUGAGAAACCGGCGGAUCUGCUGCCGCUGCUAACCAGGAGACGGAAAGCUCUGGGGUUGGAGGGGUUGCCGGAGGGGUUAGGCGCGGGUUUGGAAAAAUCAGGGCAGGGGUUGGAGAAACCAGGGCAGGGUUUAGAAGAGCGAGACAGGGCUCUGAGCGCGGGGUUAGAGCGGGUUAAUCUGUGGGAGGAUUCGGAACUAGAGGAUGAAGAGGACGGGAGGGGAGAAGACAAAACCUUCUUUCGGAAGCUUUUGCAGCUGUGGACAUGGCAGAAGAAAGACGUCGCUGCAAACAAGACGGAGAGUGGGUUGGGGGCGGGCCAGAGAACCGUUCCGGUUGACGAGAGCGUGACACGUGGCAGCAAGCGGACACGUGGCAGUUGGGAGUGGGCCCCGAUCCCGGGGGCCAAGGAGAGGCGGGCCGCUGUCCAAGCGGAGGUUUGGCCCGAGUUAAACACUCACGACCGCAACAUUUACUGCUUCCCCGAGCUGGUGAUCGGCUUAACCACGCACGGUAACCUGCGGGUUAAUCCAAUAUUACCGCCGUUCGUCAGUGGCGCCCAGUUUAGUGACCGGUGGAAGGCGCUGGUGCACCCGGGGUAUGGGUUCUCCGAGGAGGACGAGGCGCUUCUUCCCGUGGUGAAAAGUGCCCGGUUGAGACCAGAGCCUCGGACUCAUAGGAACCGGCCGAAACUGGGGUUGGCUCUGCGGAGCGGCCCGGAGCGGCGGAUCAUAAACGAAGAGGCGUUCAUUUACUACGCAAAAGCGAUUGGGUUCGACGUGGUUCUGAUCCCCGAGUACGCGUCAAUUGAGGAGCUGUUCCAGUGGAUGCAGGGGUUGGACGUCUUCGCGGGUGUGCACAACUCGAUGCUCGCAAACUUUUUGUUUAUGCGAGCGGGGUCGGUUCUGCUUCAAAUCGUGCCGUUUAGCAUAGACUGGCAUGCGGAUCAUCACUACGGGCAAGGCGCGGUCGCCAAAGGGCUAAAGUAUAUAGAGUACGAAGGGUCUUGGUGGGAAAGCUCCCUCUCCAAAGCGUACCGAUUUGACGAUGACGUGAGGAGGGACCCGGAUGCGGUGUACCAAAAGCAAGGUUAUCUAGCAUGGCGGGAUAUUUACAUGGGUCAGAGUCUUUGGCUUGAAAAUAGCAAGGCAAUUUUGGCAUUGCGGUGCGCGAAGCGGUACCUACUGCAAAAAGCAAAUGGAACUGCGGAGGAUCCACCGGUUCCCGAGUAUGUACGAGGAAACUUCUAUUUUGAAUGGGGUGAAAUGGACCCAAAUUUAAAUUAAGCAAAGCGUGUUGAAAGAAGCCCACAGUCGCCGAGAGCACAGCCUGUUCUAAAGACCUGGAAGUUGGUGACUGCGCAGCGGCAUAUUGUUAGUGACGGGCGUCUGGCCUGAGCAUUUUUUGGAUACAGCCUCAGUUUCAC